CGGGGAAGGACAAAGGAGAACGGCCACAGCGGCCAGAUGUUGGCGGAGUUUCACAGCUCCCGACCUCCCCCCUCUGCCCGCCGGGACGCGACAGGGGUCGGAGUCCGAACCGGGAACGAUCAGGGCGUCUGGGGCAGAGGGAGGGCUCGGGCCGCAGGAAGGAGUCCUGGCCGCCACCGCCCCGCCCGUCGGGCUGUCCGCCCCGCCUACCCCGAGCGAGGCGGGGCCAGGGCGGGAGAAGAAGACGGAGGAGGAGGAGAGGUCGGAGCCGUCUCCAGGAGCCCUUAGAGACCGAGUCCCGGCGGCGGCGGCGGGGCAGCCACCGGCAGACGAGGGAGCACCCGGCGGUGGACGCAGGUGGUCCUGAUUAUUUUACCUUCAGAACCUCUACUGAAUCCACCCACCUCUCUCCAUCUCUACUGGUGAACCAAGGCAUCAUCAUAUCUCACCUGAACAAUUGAAUGGCCUCCAGUGAUUGUUGGUUACCAGUGAUCCAUUCAUUCACUGCUGCCUCUUCCAGACUCCUCCAUACAGCUACCAAAGACACGAUCAAACACUUCAAUUCACUCCUCCACUUGAAACCUGAAAACGGUGGGCCACACACAGUCUGACUGCUUUCAGGUAAAAACAACAAUUGAAGAUGUCAAGCAAAACAGCAAGCACCAACAACAUCACCCAGGCAAGGAGAACUGUGCAGCAGUUAAGACUAGAAGCUUCCAUCGAGAGAAUAAAGGUAUCAAAGGCAUCAGCCGAUCUCAUGUCCUACUGUGAGGAGCAUGCCAGGAAUGACCCUCUGCUGAUGGGGAUACCAACCUCAGAAAACCCUUUCAAGGACAAGAAAACGUGCAUCAUCUUAUAGAGGAGAGUGAACCAGUUCCUCGCGUCUCUUCAACAAAUCAAAUUAUGAGCAGCUCCUUGAAGAGAAGUACCUUCAGCUUAUUUGGUAACCACUGCUAAUAACUAAAAUGCUCUUAAUAUGGAAUAAUAGACUCUGAAGUCUUUAUUUUCCAAGUUGUCCUUUCUCUGAAAUACCCUUUACUGAUCUAAUACAAAGUAACAAUCUUGUUUUCCAUUUGGUAACCGUGGUGUCAUAUUGGGUUGCUGCUUAACGCAAGUCAUUCUGGGCCUUUUAAAAAACACAAAGAUAGGCUUUCAACUAUAUGAAUGAUCCAUUUAUGUCAAGACCUAAAUUACCUAAGCCCCUGUCUAGAUUAAAAUGCCAAGAAUAACUUAAGUCCUUAAACCAUUAUAUUAUAAUGUGUUCUUAAUGGGGUUGCACCAACCUGUACAGAAUAUACGGAUGAGGAGUGUUUUGUGUAUAUAGAUAUAUAUACGUGUCUUUGUAUAUACACAUAUCAAAGCUUAUUUGCUUAAUAAAAUGCUCUCCAUACCAUCAGUCCCUCAGCUCCAGAAGUUAUCCCUUUAUCUUAAGCUAUGUGUGAGUAGAAUAAGAAACUCUUUUUAUAUAGUUAUUGUACAAAAACUAAAGGCCAUCCUAAAGGUUGUAUUCAUUGCCAUCAAGUAAUGAAGUCAUCUCUUGCUGACCCUCUCCGGCUACAAUACACUGUGCCAAUUAAAAUGUUUAAAGUGACCUGAACGCCCUUUUAUAAUGUGAGGUGUUCAUUCACAAGAGGCCUUUCCGGCUUCAGUGACCCUGAGUCGAGAGAAGGGCAGGACACCAGGCAGGUGUGCCGGGGGCUCACGGUCUCUGGAUCAGGGUAGACACCUCUGAAAUGUCCACCCUACUGAUGGGAAUGGGGCAGACAGAGUGCUCAGGAGCCUGGCAGAGAGAGGAGCAGGGAUGUUUGAAAGCCAGCUGCUAUUCCUGAUCAGACUUUGUGACUUAGCUCCUCUUUUUCUCGCUGCCUUGCCUUUUAUCUUCCUCUCCUGCCAGAACAACUCUUUGCAGAGGUAAUGUUCACCUCCCCGGCCCAAGUGGGUGGAACAUGGUGGGAACUGAACAUACAAAAAACAUAAAGGCAUUAAGACACAAGCUCUUCCCACACAUCUGCAGUGUCAGUGUCAUCCCUACCUUGUCCACAGACCAUCCGAGAGACGUGGAUUCAGUGGCAUAUGACCCGGGACCAAGGGUUCCAGUCGCUGGGCAUUGGGCUCCUUGAUUUUCCUCUGGGCACAAGUGCAGCCCUCACCUCCUCACAGUGUCCAGCGGGGAUCCCACAAGAAGGAACCUCCUCUAACCAGAGAGUAUGUUAACUUUGUCAAAGGGGAGGAGAGGUUCUUUUUUUACUAAAUGCUCAUUUAAGGGCCCAAACCAUACCCUUGGCCUUUGAUAUUUUAAUUCAUCUUUAGUUCGUUCAAAAUAACUACUAAUGAAGGAUUACAAACAUAUUCUCAAAAAGGACUCAGCCCCAAGAAGGAAUUAUGUACAACAGAUUUUUCCUAGUUCUGUGCAAUCUUGCCCUACAAUGCAAGCCCCUUUCAAAAUUGAAUGUCUGGGCUUGGAGUAUUAUGGUAAUUGUGGAUAAACAAACGCAGGACUAUUUUUUAAACUGCUCAAAUAUGUUCAGUAUUUCUCCACGCCACCCAUCUAUUCAGCAUUAUAAACUGCCCUCGUUUUUCCAAGACCAUGUGAAUCUCGCCACUGCCCUACACCUCUUGUCAUCUGGAGCUUGGUUCUGCAACAUGGCCAAUUCCCAAGUGAGUGAUAGCCACCUGUCCAGGGGGGAGAACGGUCCACCUUUCCAACGGUGAACUUUGAAAUGUACACUAAAAAGACAACUUUACAUUAAAUGCUUCACUUAAGGAGAUAUUCUUUUUUUAAAUAGGUAUAUUUUUCUGGUAGUUUCAGAACACUAAUGUUUCCUUAAAUAUUUAUAAUAUGUCUUGUUAAAGUAUUUUCAUGCAGUUAUGUCUAUUAUACAGGUAUGUGCACAAUUUUGGUAGCAGGCAUAGUUUAUUCUUCAAUACUCAAACAUGUUCUUUUACCUAACAGAAAACAAAUAUAUUUUGCUAUAUACUUAUUCAUAUGCUUGUAGUGAUAAGGAAUGGAAUUGAGGUCCCAGGAGAUUUUAUUUUAUUUUUGCUGGCCAGGCAUAAGGGCCAUAAGUAUAAUUGUCACAUAACUUCCUAACUAGGUAGAGGGCCUGUUCAAGAAAGUGAAAUCAAAUCCUUCGAUGCUGGACCCAAGGGGUGGUGGGGGAAUUGUAGCUAAAUGCUGACUUACUUAUAGCUAGAUGUCUAUGUGAGAAAAUAUAAUAUAUGUAUACAUAUAUAUGAUAUGCAGAAGUCACUUUUAUUUAUCAGGCUUCAUUCUCCUUAUGAAGCCACACUUCACCUCUUCUGCAGCAGCUGGUUUAUGAUGAUGGACAAGUGCCCAGUGUGUGUUAUUUUUCCGACUACCACUGUAAUGACACACGAUCACAUAGAUACAUGCAGCUUUUUUGGCUUCCUACCUAUGAAGCCAUUUAAAUAUGUUCACUCUGCUUUGUCUUUGAUGCUGCUUCUGUUAAACAGUGAUUUUUUUUUUAAUUCUUAUAUCUUCAUUCAUUCAUCAAAAAUCUGUCCAGUUGAGGCCUCAGGAUCAUGGCAAGGCAUGCUAGACAAAAUGUCAUGACUCCAAAGAAUUUUCUAGAGAGAAAACACUGUAUACCAGGUGGUUCCCAAGUUAUAGAUUGUAAGUACUUUUUUUCUAAAAAGAAUCAGGUUUUUAUAUUUCCUUACUUUAUUAAAAUAAAAAGUGCCAUACUUACCUUUUAAAGGAAAGGUGUGAUUUGCUUUCUCUUUAUUUGGACUGUUUUUGUACUUGACUGAAUUUUAAACUACCAGAAAAAGAAUUGUACCGAUGAUUUUGAGACAUAGGUUAGUUUAGGUAAUGGGGGACGUGUCAAAUUUUCUCUUCACAUGCCUCUUUUCAACCGAUUUCCAACUACAAAAGUGUCAUCUGAGUGACUCCACCCAAUUUUAAGAAUGAAUCGGUUUAAGAAGUGAAUUACACUACAUGCCAGUCCUUUCUCAAUAAAAUAAACAGAAUACAGACUAUGUUUUGAAUUGUAUUGAUUUCUUUUAUGGUGUAUCUGUUAAUAGGGAAAAGUGCAUUAAAUCAAUAGAAUUACAUGUAUGUUACAAUAGAGCACUUACCUAAGUUGGGUGGCUUAGAUCGUUUUCUGUGUCCCUGUGUCCUAUGGCUUUGGACAAGGCACUUCAUCUCCCCAGGCCUCCAUUUCGCCAUCUGUAAAACAAGGGGCUUGAAGGAGAUGAUGGCUGAGAUCCCUUCCCGCCCUCAGAUGCCUCGGUCCAAGGGCCCACCCCAAUACUUGUCUGCCAACGUGUUGGUGCUAUAAGCUGCUUCAGAUAUAAAAUUGGUUUGUCUAUCAUGUAUGCUCAUUUAAUAGCUUAUGAAAGGCCGUUUUGUCAUACAGCCUUUUUUUUCCCAGUUUUGUGGACUUGAUUGCUGUAAUAAUGUCUUGUUUUUAGCUGUGUAACUAUAAACAUAUAUUCUCUUGAUGUCUCGUUAAAAUUUGAUAUGUAGUUGAUGGGAUCUUGUUAUUUUAUAAAAUUUUUGGCUACUCAUCUGUCCAGCAUCUGAUUAACCUAAACACUGUGAUCAUUGUUUGGAAAUCUGUCCUAUGGAAAGAAUAAAAGCAUUUGUUUUGCAGCUAACAUGUUCACAGAUUUGAAAGACGUUUCAUUAAAGCACCAUUGAUCUA